AAAUAGAUAUGGCGUACAACAGGGAAUGGGAUAGGGGAAAGGAUAACUGGAAUGACGAAAGCUGGAAUGGCGGUCCCAGUCAUGCCAGACAACGAGAGGAUGAAUACUACGGGGACGGAAAGCGCCGUAAAUUCAACAACGGGGGAUAUGAUGCUCAGUCCCAUGAGGGUGAAGGCAACUACGGAACGGGACACGACUACCAUGACUACUCCGACCGCGCGUACCGUGGUGGCGGGCAAGGCAAGAAGCGUAUGGCGGCGAGUGAACCAAGCCCGCACGUCAUAUUCCUUGGACUGGACCCAGACUUUACCGAGGCGGAUUUCCAAGCCUUCAUGACCGAGCAAGGCUGUACAAUCGAAACCGUGACCAUCAUCCGAGACAGAUCAACAGGUGCUUCCAAGGGCUUCGGGUUUGCCCAGUUCCCGACGACGGAGCAUGCUCGCGCCUUUGUGGACCCCCAGUUUCCCUUCAUUCAGCUGCCGCCGCCGGCUUCGCAUGGUGCUUCCGCGAAGGCGGCGUACAAGAGCGCGCUGGAUGCAGGGAUGAUCCCCAGCAACGGUCGACGAGUCAAGAUCGACUACUCGCAGAGCGUCAAUCCCUCGGAUCGUCCGCGAAGGCCUCAAAAUUCGAACGACGGAACAAGGGAUAUCGGAAACACCCAGUCUCCCCUCUUGUUGUUUAGGGGCCUUGACCCACUGUCGGGCCCUCAAGCGAUCGCGCAAGCCAUGAAGUAUUCGUCUGGACCUGGGAAGGAGGGCGCAAAGGGAAUGCGUAGGAUCAUACUUAUCAAGGAUAAAAAUACUCUCGCGAGCUGGGGCUUUGCUUUCGUCGAGUUCGUUGACGUUGAGUCGUCGUCCGCGGUACUCGCUGCGACGAUGAAUCCUCAAGUUCAUCCGACCGGUUUCCGAAUAUCCGAUCGCCCCGUUGCAGCCUCGUUCGCGCAGAUUUAUUCAUUUCAGCUGGUCGAUGCCAUGCAUCGUGAUGAAGCGUGCAUUGCGUCCACCUCGGUUCUAGGUGGUAUCGAGGGAGGCUGGGUGCGAUAUUGGGAUGAACACUCGACCAUUGCCGUUCUGGAGUUCGAAGUAAAGGAGUCCGCGAAGGCUACGACCAAUGCUCCCGCUAAGGAGAAAAAGAAGAAGACGAAAAAGGAGGAUGAUCUGAUACCUCUGGUACCUGAGGCAUCCGCGCUGCCCGUGUCCGAUAAGCCCGUUACUCUCAGCUUCGGCAAAGCCGGUGGAACGACCACGAAGCUCAGCUUGGCGACGAACAAGAAGCAAUCUGCGGUGUCUCCGGCGGUCAAUCUAGCUGAGGAUGCAGGCGCCGAAGAUGGGGACGAAGAGGAGCAAAUAAUCGAUCCUUCAGCUGCCAAAGUCAUCGCCGCACGGAAGGUUGCGCCCAUGAUAGCGAGCAAAAAGGUGGUGAACAAUAUCAACAAAUGGAAUCAGGUACAGGAAACUCUCAGCCAGCCUGGCACGUCGAGUAUCAACAUGGUCCAGCCGAUGGUCUCAACGGCAGAUACUGCUACACCCGCUCCUACUGUGCAACCCGCCGUCAAAGCAAUAACCACUGCAGAUGCUUCCACGAAUGAACUUGAAUAUGCGGAUCCAACCGCGCGUAUCUGUUUGCUAUGCGCCCGACAAUUCAAGACGACGGAUCUGCUGAAACGCCAUAGUAAAGAGUCAGAAUUGCACAAGAAAAAUCUACAAGAUCCGAACCUGUGCGAGGUUGCGCGAGGUAAAGCACGGAAUGCUCGCAAGUCCACGACGCCAGACGGUUCUCCGGGUCCGCAAGAGCAACCCAAAUAUCGCGAUCGGGCCCUUGAACGAAGGAUCAUGCACAAUCAGCCGGACGUUCCUCUUCCCGAUGCUCCCCAACCCGCCAAGAAACGUUCGGCUGAGGGACCGCCUCCGCCUCCGUCCCCGCCCCCGCCACCGAAGAAUCCUGGGGAGGACGCCAAUAACGUCGGGAACAAACUGCUGAAGAUGAUGGGCUGGAAAGAGGGCACAGGACUUGGAACCAGUGGUGAGGGCCGCGUGGACCCCAUUCAAACUGCCAUCUAUGCUCAGGGCGUAGGCCUUGGCGCCAGCAAGGGCCAGGAAGUGGGUAAAUAUGAACCUGGAUACACUGGUUAUCUUCACAAGGCACAAGACGCAGCCCGGGAACGGUACAAUAACCAGUGACUCUAAUCGACUGCCACGGCCGGUUUUGAUCUCUGAUUCGAGAGUCAAUCAUCGUCACUAUCUGUACCAUACGUAAUUUUCCAGAAAGCUCUAGGAAAUGUCUGCAACACGCCUAUAUACAGUCGGCCCUAUGC